AGAGCAUGAGCGCACCUAUUGAGCUCAAAUAUACUCAUUUUGCCUUGCGAAGACCUGCCGGCGAGGAGGAGGCGUCCGUGAGGAUUUCUAAUGAAACACAACGUUCACAAAAGCCUGCCCUUGCUUGCAGAGGAACAGCUGCAAACCCUCAUCUCCUCCUCCCCAAUAACCCCCUCCCAUCUCUACCAACUCCUCCGCUCCAUCCACCACUCCUCCGCCGCUCUCCGCCUCUUCGACUGGUGCCGCCUCCGUGGCCUCCAAGCCGCUUCCCCCUCCCACGCUCCAUUCGCCUUCCAGGCCAUCUUCCAGCUCGCUGCCCGCGAGAACAAAGAUGGCAACUUUCUUCCUCUCAAGAAGCUACUCCUCCGCUCCAACGAACAAGGCUACGCCCUCACGCCUGGAUCUGCUACCCUCCUUGUCCGCUCAUUCGCCGCUGCCCGCUCGCCCUCCGAUUCUCUCCUCGCCUUCCAGACUCUGGAUCCCUCCCUUCGCUGCACGGAUCUCUGCAACCAUCUCCUCGCUUCUCUCCUCCGUUCUCCGGUUCCCAAUCACCGGGCUGAAGCGCUUUCCCUUCUCCGCGAUAUGCUAAGCCCUAUCUCCCAUUGCCUUCCGAAUUCCAUCACCUGUUCAAUAUUGUUCUUCACUCUGUCGCGCAGCGGCGUGCCCGCGAACGAUGAAAUUCUCAACCUUAUCAUUCAAAUCACCAAAUUUGGCGCUUUCGCCAUUGAUACCUACCAGUUCACCAAGGUUGUCGUCGGUCUCUGCCGUGAUGGCCGCACGGGGAAAGCGUGGGACCUCAUCUAUGCCGUCAAGAAUGGCGGCGGUGCCGUGGAAGUUCCCGUCUGGAACGCUCUUCUCACCGGACUCUCGAAGGACAGGGAUACUUCAAGGAUGACGCUUGUAUUCUCCGAUAUAGAGGAAGCCGGUGCUGCGAACGUAAUUACAUACGGAAUAGUUAUGAAUCAUCUCUGUAAGUCCCGCAACAUCGACCUUGCACUCCAGAUGUUCGACAAAAUGACGAAGCCGUUUUCAGCUGCUGGCCCUGAUACCGUCAUCUUCAACAACCUUAUCGACGGGCUCUGUAAGGUAGGAAGAACCUGUGAAGGACUGGCUCUUCUUGACCGCAUGAAAACUCACCAUUGCGAUCCAAAUGCCAUCACCUUCAAUGCCCUUAUUGAUGGGUUCUGCAAAUCUGGGGAUAUUGAUGCUGCCUUCGAGCUUAAUGCUCGAAUGGUGGAAGAAGGCGUUUCUCCUAACAUCGUCACGCUUAACACUCUCAUUUCUGGGAUGUGCAAGAACGGCAUGGUGAGCAGCGCUCUGAGCUUCUUCUGUGAGAAGAAGAUGGCAUGGGCCAACGCCAGGGGGAAUUCUGUUACUUACUGCACUCUCAUCGGAGCUUUCCUCCAUGCAAACAAUGUGAGCAAGGGGAUGGAAUUGUUUAAUGAAAUGAUUCGUGAAGGGCAUUCCCCUGAUGCUGUUACCUACUUCACUCUGAUAUCAGGCUUAUCCAUGGCUGGAAGGAUCGAUGAUGCAAGCUCGGUCGCAUCAUCGAUGAGGAAAAAUGGAUUCCAACUCGAUACGAAGAGCUACAACAUCCUGAUUACGGGAUUUGGGAAGAAGAAGAAGAUGGAGAAGGCUUUGAAACUGUUUCAUGAAAUGUCUGAAGCCGGAAUUAAGCCAGAUGUCGUCACAUACAACACUCUGAUUGACGCUUACUGCAAGGCUGGGGAUUUUUCCAUGGCGCAAACUCUGUUGAAGCAAAUGAUGGAUGAUAACUGCGAGCCUUCUCUGGUCACUUACGGCACUCUCAUCCAUGGAUUCUGUAAGAAUGGUGAUCGCGACGGAGCCGUGAAGAUCUUUCAGAGCUUGCAAGACUCAAAAUUUGAGCCCAACGCAGCAAUAUACAACGUUCUUAUUGAUUCCUUCUGCAAAAGUGGAGGGAUUGGCACGGCGGUUUCUCUUCUGGAUCAAAUGCGAAGCAGCAGGGUACCUCCAAAUAUCAUCACUUAUAAUGCAAUAAUGAAAGGACUUUGCGAGAAGAAUAUGUCUGCAAUGGCGUUUGAGCUGAUGGAGCAGAUGAAAGAGGAGGGUUGUGAUCCUGAUCUGACGACAAUGGAGAUUCUUUCUGGAUGGUUGCCGGCGAUUGGUGAGACUGAGAGACUCAGAUGGUUCAUUGCAGGGAAUGAGGCUGUAGUUUCAUGAGCCUAGGGUUUGUGUUUCUGCUGUCAGGGGUGGUGAUUUGAAUCAAAAUGGAUCUCAAGACAAGCAACAUCGAAGGCCGGAAUGGAGUUAGGCUGACACUGUUGACAAAUAUGAGCAACUCGAUAUAAGCAGGCGGUGCCGACAACGAAGAAGUACAAAUUUUGUGGCAUUGAACCCGAGUUUGAGGAGAAGCUGGACCGGAUGUUUGAGGGUGUCGUCGCAACAGACAAAUAUGCAUGUGCUUCAAGUGAGACAAGGUUUUGUGACACCCCUGAGAAUGUGGCCAUCAACCUAGCAUGUGAUUCACCCGAUCUCAAUAGCCUGGAAAUCCCUGAAAUCCAGACCCCAAACUUUUCUAAGUGUCAUUGUGUAGAGGGUAGAAAAAAGGGUGGAGCUGCUUUUCUCAGAAACCGGAUAUCACAUAUGGUGGGUCCUUCCAACGAUGCCCCACACACAGUUCAGGCAAAUUCCAUUAAGCAUGUUGCAGAAAUUC